AUGAAACUUGUCGGCUUGAUCAGAGGCCCCUUUUCCUCCCACGAGGGCGCAAUUGCUAGAUAUCACUCAUUAUCACCAUACGGUACCCGACACAUACUGCCACCAAAGCUUUCCCUUCUAGCACCUUCACCUUCGUGUCGGCCGGGUCGCGGCCGUACCUCUUCAUUUGGCUCCUUCUCCUAGCCUCGCCCCACAAGAGUUCGCUUUGCGCACCACAACGAGUUUUUCGUAUCAAACGUGGAGGAGCGCCGCGGGGCGGGUGGGACAGUGGAACUGCAAAUGCGCGAAAUCGGGUAGGAGGUAGAAUAGUUACCUGACUUCUGAUACCCAGAACCAUCCUUCUGGAGUUUGGGUGGCAAAGCCUUCUCAGAAAAGGGCAUUACAAGGUUAGAUAUCUAUAUCAACAGCUACUGGAUUACUCAUGGUCAUAACUUCGCACUCGGGCGCCUUGGAAGAUUGGCAGUGGACCCUGCGCCCUUUCCCUGGAAUCCGAAGGAAGGGAUAACCAUGGCCAACCGGUCCUUUGAGAUUCCAAACCUGGUUCGAAAACGUGGCCUUUGAUAGACCGCUGAUCUUUGUUGCACACGUCGUAGUAAGCUGUGCAUUGCAAGUAUCUCCUUGCAUGCAGGGAUUGGGUGGGGUCCUAGUCUUCUGCAGCUGCUUAUCCAUGAUACGCCACCCCGUCGCGGAAAGCCAUCUGGGUUGAUAAGCGGGCGUCUCUCAGCCGGAAAGUCUCAACCAUAAAAACCCACAACUGCAAUGCCGAGUUCUUCCGACAGGGAUAAAUUCGGGCUUGGUAAUUGCUUAAAGGGAAUCCUUGUCCGGGGGGAGUAAUUGAGUUGCACCUGGCGGGGAUUCGCGGUGGAUAGUCACUAACAAUUCACCCAGCUCAUUGUGCUGAUACCUGCAAGCACGCUCGCGUGGUUAGCGUGCGACAGCCUCGUUAUAGCAGCGUUUUUCACAGCAAUACAGAGCAUAUCGGUAAAUGCCUUCAUACGAGAAUCUUCCUCUGCUGGAAUUUCUUAGCCUUGAAGCUGGAAUUGAGAUUGCAAGCCUUGUCAGUUAUUGAAUUCUAUGAGCAGAGAUCGAACGAAUCAGGGCGUCGAUUUCUCCGGGAGAUAUGGGGGGGUGGGGGACCGGCGUCAGGCGUGAGUAGUGCAGGAUUGUAUCAGAGGCUGCCGGAAAGUGUAGAGGGAGGAGGAGGGGGGUGAAUCAUGUUAAUGG